UCUCGAACCAGGAAAUAAACAAGUCGGUGGUCUGGUUUAAUUCACAGGCGGUGUCCUUUUUAAAAUAGCAUUGGAUUAUAGCUAUUUGGCUAAAUUAUCGCCUGUCACCAUGGCCGGCUUCUUCAAGAAAAAGACAGUAGAUGAUGUGAUAAAGGAGCAGACCAAAGAGCUGAGAGGAACCCAGAGACAGAUCACCAGAGACAGAUCUUCCCUGGAGAAACAGGAAAAACAACUGGAGAUGGAGAUUAAGAAGAUGGCGAAGACGGGGAACAAGGAGGCGUGUACCAUCCUGGCCAAACAGCUGCUUCAGCUGAGGAGACAGAAGAACAGAAGCUACGCCGUUGGUUCAAAGGUCACCUCCAUGUCCUCUCAGACCAAACUCAUGAACUCCCAGAUGAAGAUGGCAGGGGCCAUGGCAACCACUACCAAAACCAUGCAGGCUGUCAAUAAGAAGAUGGACCCUCAGAAGAUGCAACAGACCAUGCAGAACUUCCAGAAGGAGAACAUGAAGAUGGAGAUGUCAGAGGAGCUGAUUAACGACACGCUGGACGAGAUCUUUGACGAGUCCGGAGACGAGGAGGAGUCUGAUAGCAUUGUUAACCAGGUUCUGGACGAGAUCGGCAUUGAGAUAUCAGGAAAGAUGGUGAACGCUCCUUCAACCAGCAGAAACAACCCCACCUCUUCUGCCACCAAAUCAGACGGCAUCUCAGACGAAGACAUCGAACGACAGCUCAAAGCCUUGGGAGUGGACUAACACACACACACACACACCCUGUGCCUGGACACACACACACACACACACAUACCCUGUGCCUGGACACACACACACACACACACACACGACUCCCCCUGUUCAGUUUCUGACAUGCCUUUUCUGGGAUAUAGUGACACUAUUAUAUUUAUAUAUAUAUCUAUCUGACUAUAGAUGGCACAUGGUGUAGUUGUAGAUGUCCUGCAGUGUAUUGGGUCUACGCAGUGGGCCACACAAGGAGAGUGAGUUUUGAAUAACAGGGCCACCACGUUCAGUAGCCUAAUGUUGUAGAACGUCGCUGAUACAAUGUAACGAAUAAGAGCCUCAUUCUACACGUCAGAGAGGCGUGUUUUUGUUCUGUACAGCACGCUCCUAUCUGAACGUUGCAAAACGUUUUCGUCCUACUGAACGCGCCCCUCCCCAGGUUUCCCACCUGUGUGGAGUUUUAGAACAGGAAGUAAAGGACAACACUCAUUGUCAGCCAUAUCUUUUCAUUUUGAAUGCAUGAACAGUAGAAUCUGAAACUACCUUACCUUUAUCCCUGUGUCCCCCCCCCACUACCUUACCUUUAUCCCUGUGUCCCCCCCAAGCCCCACCUCUCCCUGUGUCCCACGGAGACCUGGGCUUCUGAGGCCGACUGGAUCUCCAUGUUAUUACAUUACCACAUAGCCCCACCUCUCCCUGUGUCCCCCCUCCCCUUAGCCCCACCUCUCCCUGUCCCCCC